GGAGUACAGUACAAACACAAAACACUUCCCCGCUCGUAUACACACAAAACCCGUUUUCAGCGGCUGCGCUUCGUCGCGAGAGGAUAAGACUACCUUGACCACCAUGAAAAUACCUCCCUCCAUCCAACGGUCUAAAAUACCCUAAUCCACACCUGUCAGAUUCUGAACCAUUGAUCUGUUGCCGUACCCACCACCACCACCAUCAAAUACACGUUAUAUAACCCCAGGUACAUUUUAAUCACACCAAUCAAUCACGUCACACACCAAUCUCUCUCUGCAACUGAAUAUAGCUUCGAUCUGGUAUCUUUAAUGGUGCCGUAUGCUAAGAUCUGACGGCGAAGUGUAGAUUGGAAAAGUAUCUGGUUGUAUAUAUAUAACUUGUUCUACGUCCGUCGGUGGUGUUGUAUAAUGGGGCAUUCGUUUCCGGAGGAGGUGCUGGAGCAUGUGUUUUCGUUCAUAACUUCACAUAAAGACAGGAAUGUCGUUUCAUUGGUGUGCAAGUCGUGGUAUGAGAUCGAGAGAUGGUGCCGGAGGAGUAUUUUCAUCGGGAACUGUUACGCCGUGAGUCCGAAGAUGAUGAUCAGGAGGUUUCCGGAGGUGAGAUCCGUGGAGUUGAAAGGGAAACCGCAUUUUGCUGACUUCAAUUUGGUGCCGGAUGGCUGGGGAGGGUAUUUUUACCCUUGGAUCUCUGAAAUGUCUAGGGCUUACCCGUGGUUAGAGGAGAUUAAGCUUAAACGGAUGGUGGUCACGGAUGAGGGUUUGGAGUUGAUCUCCAAGUCUUUUAAGAACUUUAAAGUUUUGAUUUUGUCUUCUUGUGAGGGUUUCAGCACCGAUGGACUUGCUGCCAUUGCCGCCCAUUGCAGAAACCUGAAAGAAUUGGAUUUGCGUGAGAGCGAGGUGGAAGAUGUAAGCGGGCAUUGGCUAAGCCAUUUCCCCGAGACCUGCACGAGCUUAGAGUCUCUGAACAUGGCCUGCUUAGGUUCUGAAGUAAGCUUCUCAGCCCUCCAACGCCUCGUCAGCCGCUCCCCCAACCUCAAGACUCUCAGACUCAAUCGCACUGUCCCUCUGGAAAAGCUCUCCACCCUCCUCCGCCGGGCCCCACAGCUUCUCCAAAUGGGCACAGGUGCCUAUUCCGCUGAACCCCGAUCCGAUCUCUAUUCAAAUUUACUCGACGCCUUCUCAAAAUGCAAGAAUCUUAAUGAACUUUCCGGAUUUUGGGACGUGGUCCCUUCUUAUCUCCCAGCUUUUUAUCCCGUUUGUUCUCGCCUCACUUCCUUAAACUUAAGUUAUGCCACUAUCCAAAGCCCCGAGAUCACCAAGAUUGUCACCCAGUGUCCUAAUCUCCAACGUCUAUGGGUGCUGGAUUACAUCGAGGACACGGGACUGAAUGCCCUUUCGUUGUCCUGUAAGGAGUUACGCGAGCUGAGAGUUUUCCCUUCGGAUCCGUUUGUUGUUGAUGCAAAUGUAUCAUUAACAGAAGAAGGUCUGGUUGCGGUUUCCCAAGGCUGCAGAAACCUCCAAUCUGUUCUCUACUUCUGUCGCCAGAUGACAAACUCUGCAUUGACCACCAUUGCUAGAAACCGCCCUAACCUAACCUGCUUUCGGUUAUGCAUCCUGGAGCCACGGGCCCCGGACUACCUAACACUGGAACCACUCGACACAGGGUUCGGAGCCAUUGUAGAACACUGCAAAGGACUUGAACGGCUUUCGUUAUCGGGUCUUUUAACAGACCGUGUGUUUGAGUACAUCGGGACGCGUGGUAAGAAGCUGGAGAUGCUUUCCAUCGCGUUUGCUGGGGAUAGUGAUUUAGGGCUGCAUCAUGUGUUGUCUGGGUGUGAGAGUCUUCGGAAGCUUGAGAUACGCGAUUGCCCGUUUGGGGAUAAAGCUUUGUUGGCGAAUGUUUCCAAGUUGGAGACAAUGCGAUCCCUUUGGAUGUCUUCGUGUUUGGUUAGUCUUGGGGCGUGUAAGUUGCUGAGUCAGAAGAUGCCUCGUCUUAAUGUCGAGGUUAUUGAUGAACGGGGUGACUUGGAUUCCAUGCUGGAUGCUUAUCCUGUUGAAAAGCUUUAUAUAUACCGGACUGUUGCGGGCCCCAGGUUCGACAUGCCUAGCUUUAUUCGGACCAUGGCUGUGGAUCAACAACCAAAUCGGUAAAUCUUUGUUUAGCUUUCUGUUUUUAAAUACAGUAUGUUUCUUUUAAGUCGGGCGUUGAAGAUUGAUGAUGCAAUUGUUAAACAUCUAAAGUUUGUAUCUUGUGCAUUAGAAGUUGUACAUUGGACUAAUUUCAUCUUUUUAUGGACUGUUUGGUUGAUUGGCGACCCCA